AGCGUUUGCAUUCCAGCAAAGCCUCCGCCCUCUCGCGCUAUCGGGCGCCUCUAAUGAUAAUUAAUUGUCAAAAGAAUAAAAAAAAAAAAAAGGUUUUCGUUGCCUAAGUUAAGGCAAUUUUCUCUACUUGCACACCCAUUAUAAUAACGUGACAACUCGGCCUACCAGUUAACUAGUGUUUACAGUUACAUAGAUAAUUGCAUAAUUUCAAAAUGUGAUUUACAUAGCAUACAUAGAAUACCAAUACAGUUUCACUGCCACUUGGAUUUCUACAUCUGAAGUACAUCAAGCAUCUCGCUAAUAGGGAUAGUUUUCAGGCCCCCCCAUUGUGAGAAGUUCAGAUCUAUUAUGGGUUGCGAAGACACCGCCCUUACUCGCCAUCGGCUCGUCUGUCAUUGGCUAAUUUAGUCCCUGCUUCGUCUACACCAAACCGGGCAGACCAGGGCUGGACAGAAACCGCGCGACUGCCCAGGCGUCUGGGACACGGUGAGAUCCAGGCGUUACCGGACCAAGAUCCACGAGCCGGAGUUCCAGCAAGCGCGAGACCCCGCAUUUAUCGCAGCACGUGAAGGGGGACUGUGAUAUAUGCCACUCAUGUGAGGAAGGAUUGCUGGCCCGCGGAUCGCGGACACUAUUUCAGGCUGUAACUGGGUUUAAGAGCGAUACGUUCUCAAGGGAAGUUUCCCUCCAUUUUGGCAAAAAAAAUCAAGGAAAGUUUUAUUAUUGACAUUAUUAUUGCUUUUGAACUCCGCAUUCCCGUUUAGAUAUCCACAGUACCGUUUGGAAUUUCGCCCUUAGUUGUUUUUCUCCUGGAUUUUUUUUUCCUGCAGAAUGGGUUUAAGUUAUCGGUUUGGUCUCGCGCUACUGACUCACUCAAUAGUGUGGAGUCUGUACCUGGGGAUUGCUCACGCUUUUGGGGAUGAUGAUGAAAUGACGUGCGACCCGAUCCGGAUCUCAAUGUGUCAGGAUCUGGGAUAUAAUGUCACAAAGAUGCCGAAUCUCGUAGGGAACGUUCUUCAGUCGGACGCAGAGCUGCAGCUCACCACGUUCACUCCGCUGAUACAGUACGGCUGCUCGAGCCAGCUAAAGUUUUUCCUGUGCUCCGUGUAUGCCCCCAUGUGCACGGAAAAGGUGCCGGUGACGAUCGGCCCGUGCGGCAGCAUGUGCAUGUCGGUGAGGAACCGCUGCCUGCCCGUGCUUCAAGAAUUCGGCUUCACGUGGCCCGACCUGCUCAACUGCAGCCUGUUCCCGCCCACCAACGACCAGAAUCACAUGUGCAUGGAGGGCCCGCCCGAAGACGACGGGCCGCUGCACUUGCGUCCGCUCUACCCACAAGAGGAGGAGUGCGCGGCCCUAGCGGGGGGCGCCACUGACCGCUACGUCUGGGUGAAGCGCAGCGAGGGCUGCGCCCUGCAGUGCGGCUACGACGCCGGCCUGCACCAGCGGCGCGCCAAGGUCUUCGCCGACGUAUGGAUGGCGGUAUGGGCGGUGCUCUGCUUCGUCUCCACCUCCUUCACCGUGCUGACCUUCCUGCUGGACUCGGGCCGCUUCGCCUACCCCGAGCGGCCCAUCAUGUUCCUCAGCAUGUGCUACAACGUCUAUAGCGUGGCGUACCUGGUGCGACUGACGGCGGGCCGCGAGCGCAUCUCCUGCGACAUGGACGAGGCCGCCGUGCCCAUCCUGGCCCAGGAGGGUCUGAAGAACACAGGCUGCGCCAUCGUCUUCCUGCUGGCCUACUUCUUUGGUAUGGCCAGCUCCAUCUGGUGGGUGAUCCUCACGCUCACCUGGUUCUUGGCCGCCGGGCUGAAAUGGGGCCACGAGGCCAUCGAGAUGCACAGCUCCUACUUCCACAUCGCCGCCUGGGCCAUCCCCGCCAUCAAGACCAUCGUGGUCCUCAUCAUGCGGCUGGUGGAUGCCGAUGACCUCGCAGGCCUCUGCUACGUGGGCAACCAGAACCUGGACGCGCUGACGGGCUUCGUGGUGGCGCCGCUGUUCACGUACCUGGUGAUCGGGACGCUGUUCAUUGCCGCCGGGCUCGUGGCGCUCUUCAAGAUCCGCUCCAACCUGCAGAAGGAUGGCACCAAGACAGACAAGCUGGAGAGGCUCAUGGUGAAGAUCGGCGUCUUUUCCGUGCUCUACACGGUGCCCGCUUCUUGCGUCAUCGCCUGCUACUUUUACCAGAUUUCCAAAUGGGCGGACUUCCACCAGACGCCCCGCGACUCCUACGUGGCGGCCGAGCUGUUGCGGAUCUUCAUGUCGCUGCUGGUGGGCAUCACCAGCGGCAUGUGGGUGUGGUCGGCCAAGACGUUGCACACUUGGCAACGCUGCUCGCUCCGCCUCCUCCACUCCCGCAGGGGCGUGCGGGGCAACCAGGCCACCGACGGCUGGGGCAAAGCGAGCAAGGGCAGCGAGACCGUGGUGUGAGCGGGGAAAAAGAGGCGGGGAAUUCAGAAAUAAAAUGGAAGAACGAAGAAAGGGGGUCCAGGACACAAAGUCAAACAGCAGCUGGGAGGAAGGAGGAGAAUGUAACACACAAGUGCACGAGAACGGAAAGAGGGAACGAAAGGAAAAAGAACUAGCGCGCCACCUUGUGGACAUUUUCUGUUCCUACAACCCCACCACUCCCUCUCUCAGGACACAGACUCAUGUAGCACUAACAGCUCCUCAAUCAUUUUAUGUGGAGAAGCUUCACCAGAUGAUUUUACACUGGAUGGUGACACAGCACAGUCCCAGGCGAUGGGCCGUAGCGACGGUUUUCCGGCAAGGCCGAUGCUGCAGCGGCGUUACAGCGGGAGGCAAAUGCGGUCAAUUCUGCAUUAGUGUUACGGCAGGAAGUUCUGAUGUUAGUUCUGCAGUAGCUGCACCGCAGGAAGUCGCAAGCGCUGAUUCUGCAGCAGUGUUGCGGCGUGAAGGAGCAGGCGAAGUUCUGCCCUGUGGAGGUUCAGCACGUUUAACGAAGCGCCACAUCUGGCCUGCCGAGACGGACCGCUUCUACACUGUGGCAGCUGUACUGCAGCAAAGACACCUGGGAAAUUUUGUUUCCACUCCUCAGUGAACCGCACAGUUUACCUCGCAUUGAAACACAGCUGUCUAGUCUUUUUUUCUGUAUGUCCUUCAUUGGACCUCUGGACUGACAGCUAGAAUCUUAGUGGGUUAAGAUUCUACAGCACCACCUAGAUUAGUACCCUCCUCAGUACAGAUUUGGAGAACCCUGCAGGGCUGUCUAGAGUAUGGAACAUUCUGGUAUUCUAGAAAUCCUCUAGAGUUAGGGAGGUAUCCGCAAAGCCACUUAGUUGAGGAGGGCUGUUUCCAAAUCCACAUUUUGCUUUGGCCAAGAGCAGUAAAAGCAGGGAGUGGUCUGACCCCUGAAAGCCCUCCUGUUCUGGGAUGCUGUGUGUUAACGCAUCCGGGGUUGGACCUGAUGUCUGAGAAUCCAAAAGGUGGUGAGCAAGAAUCCAGAAUCCAGUUUUCCAUUCACAUGAAUCUUAAAUAUUCGCUGUAGCCCUUUGAGACAGAGCUACAUUGUUUUUUAACAAAUAUGCUGUUAGACACACACACUCACACACACACUUAACCCCCACACAGGCCCACGCACACCAUGCACACACAGAGAAUAUGUUGUCUGCACACAAACAUCCACAUUUCACUCACAGUUAAGAUGAACGAGUCAGACUUAUUUUGGUUGAUGAGUUCCUGCAAGACAAUCAAUGACAGGAGGUAAUGAAUGUAUAAAGCUCUGAAGAAAUUCUAUUUUUACAUAUUUCUAAAGUGCCUCAGACAUGUGUGCUGGUGGUACACACAUUACCCUGAACGUCAUGAAGUGCUCCUUCGUUAAUAUGUACAGAAACUAGGGUUUGUAGUUUUUAUUUUUGUUGUCAUUAAUGUAUUAUAAAAUGCUAAUUUAUCUUUGUAAAAAUGUCAACAAAAUCUAAAAAACAAGCUUGUUAUUUAAGUAUGCUUUUGUACCAAAUGAAGAGAAAUGAAACGUUGGUUUUCAGCUU